AUGGGGAGACUCGUGAAGGAUUUUGGUAAGGGUACUUCUGCUGCUUGUGUUGAAGAUUGUGAUGAUUCAGAUGGGGGUCCUUUUGUCCCUAAUGAUAUUGCGGAGGAUGAUCCUUUUCAAGCUUCGGAGGAAGGACAAAUGGAUGAUCCUGAUUUCGACAAAGCUUUGUAUGAGUUCUACGUGUCUCAUAAGUGCAAGAGGUCUUCUGAUUUUCCUGUAGCCAAUACAUUCACUAGAUACUCAAGUUGUUCUCCACUGUUAUUGGUGGCUUGUCUCCUAGGCAAGUCCGUGUUCUUCAGAGUUAUAGGGCAGAUUGCCUUCUCAAAUAUGUGA